AUGAAACAAUUAUUGAAACCUUCGAUAAAUUUUGAUUUCAACGACGCCAUAUUUGAAAAUAUUCCUCCAUAAGCUUAGAAAACAGGUGCAUAAUCAAAGAAUUCUUAGCUAAAUCAUUAAUAGGGAAAAGAUGAUGAUAAGAAAAAUUAGAAAAGCAUUGUCAGACCAUGGAGUUCUUAGAGAUAGAUGACGGAUUAAGGUCAAAGGGAAUAGAGUUAGUAGCUUAUUGGAUUGAAUUCUAAACAAUAUACACAGAAACAACUCCUUCCUUAAAAUACUUCUGCUAAAUCUGUGAAAUUUGAUAAAAAUCAAGGAUUUGCAACAGCAGCUCCGAGCAUUCAAUCGAAUUGCUAUUUUCCUUAAUAACAGCAAACCAUUCUUAAAAAAUCUGGAAACCAUUCAUAAUAAUAAAUUACAAAAUAACAGAUGGAUAUUCCAAAUAACAAUAAUUUAAAGUAAUAAAACCAGGACUUUAUUAAAAAUGCAGGUAUUUUUGAUUGGGAUGAAGCUGAUUUAGAUAAUUAGUUCAUUAUUAAUAAUAAAAAAUAUGAAUCUAUUGAAAAAUAGAAUUUAGAAAGGUUUCUAUCAAGGUAAUAAAAGUCUGAUGUCAUUUAAACUUCCAUCAAGUAAAACCAAAUUAUAUUAAAACAACAACAGAAGGAGAUCUAAUAAAAACUCGAUAAUAUUGAAUAAUUAAGGAUGAAUGAAAUUCUAUAAAACAAUUUAGUUAUAUCAUAAUCCUUUUUGAAUAAGAUUGAAUAAUAAGAGGAGGAUCCCAAAAAAGAAGUGUAAAUUUAAUAGAAGAUCAAAAAUAAUGAAAAAGAUAAUAAUUAUGAAUUGGAAUAUGAACAAGAAAAUUUUGAAAUGGAUGAAGACAAUAAAGUAGAAGAUAAAUAAAAUGAAAUUCCUAAAGUCUAGAAACAACUAUAAGAGAAUUAAUCGAAAUAAUCUGAAAUUAAAUUAGAUAAAGUUUAAGAGAGUAGUAAAAAAGUUAAGUCAAAUGAAAGUUUAUUAAAGGCAUCCAAAACUAAAAAAUAAGUAGUUUAUAAAGCUAAAAAUGCAAAGGAACGAAAGUAAGAAUUAAAUAACAUGAGAAAUGAUCUAGAGAAGUAUUUGCUGUAAAAUAACCAAACCAUUUCUAAAAUGUUUCAAGAUUUACAAGAUACUAAAGAGAAGGAGAAAAUUAUGAUUGAGGUCAAUACUAAAAGAUAAGAAGAAUUGUCUUAGGCAAAACUCACAUUAAAGUAACUGUAAGAAAAAUUUAGUCGAUAAUAACAGAUUAUUGAGGAUUUAAAUAAUAAAGAGCAGCAUGCAAACUAAAUAAUUCAAAAGUUGACUGAGAACAAGCAAAAGUAUAACAAUUAGUGGGAGCUUUAAGUGGAGAAAUAUAUGGCUUGUAAAGUUAUUGCUAGAUUUUUGAAAGGAAGAAAAGAUAGAAAAUUAUUUAAAGAAUUUAGAAGACAAAGCUUUAUUAAUAGAUUAAAAUAAUGA